GAUUGAGGUUCGAGCAAAAAGCGGGAUAUUUUAACUAUUUUGAACUAUUUACGUGAAUUUCGUGAUAAAAAUAAAGUGUCAUCAUCCCGGCCAGGUUCCCUGGAUGCGUAAUGGACGAAAUCGCUACGGUCGGGUUCGAAAUAAUCGGCCUGGUGCGGGAAAAACCGGAGGGCAUCACCAACGAUGACCUUUCGGAAGGUUUGAAGACGAUUCCGGUAGAGCAGCGGUUGCAGGCGAUCAACAAGCUGCUGGCGGAUGGUGUGCUCGAGAUUCUGAAAAAAGGCACCACGCUGAUCUACCGACUGAAGGAUCCGGGCAAGAAAUCGAACGUCCCGAAGGAUAUCGAUGCGGAAGAACGUGUUAUCUAUACGAUUGUCGAGGAAGGAGGCAACAAGGGCAUCUGGAUACGGGACAUACGCGUGAAAUCGAACCUUGUGAUGACGCAGCUCACGAAGGUCUUGAAGCAGCUGGAAAACAAAAAGUUGAUAAAAGCGGUCAAAUCCGUCAAUGCCAGCAAGAAGAAGGUCUACAUGCUGUACAACCUGGAACCGGAUCGAUCCAUAACGGGGGGCGCGUGGUAUCAGGAUCAGGACUUUGAGGCAGAGUUUGUCGAUGUGUUGAACCAGCAGUGUCUCCGGUUUCUGCGCAUGAAACGUGAAACGGCGCGCAACAGUGGCGAAGGACCGCUGGCGGUACAGAAAUUGUCUGUGUGCUCCGUCGCUGAUGUGCACCGGUUCAUCUCCGAUCUGGGCAUCAGUAAGAUAAGCCUGGACGAGGACGAUCUGGAAACGAUUCUCAAGACGGUGGUGUAUGAUGGUAAGGCGGAACGAAUUGCAAACAUGGACGGCGGAUUUCUGUAUCGCGCAAUUGAAUCACCACUUGAACCGCCCGGAUUGGUACAGAUGCCAUGCGGUAUUUGUCCAGUUAUCAAAAACUGUUCGGACUGUGGGGAAAUCACACCCAAGCUCUGCACUUACAUCAGCGAGUGGUUGGACUGAGUUGACUGAAAAUAGCAACACCGGAAGGCGAAAAAGUAGAAAAAAUAGAAAGGAACUGAUUAAACGGCAUGCGUCAAAUCUUCGCUGCAUGAGGCAAAGUUUUAGUUUCUCCGAACUCGUUUUUUCUUAAAACAUUUAAUGAAAUAUAACAGAGAUUGAUAAGGACAAUGAUAACAUCCGAUUAAAGGUUAGUGGGAAAUAAGGGAUUAAAGGAUAGUGGGAUAUGAUCUUCUAGGAGAAGGAAGGACGUUAUCAUAGGAUGGAUCGAUCAGAUGAGUGCCCUGCGUACCGCGUUAACCGUGGUUCUAGCCUUUAUCAUCUAUAAAAUGCGUCGCCUCCGAUAUGUAAUCCGUCGGAACACGAAACAGCUAGCGCCAACAGUUGACUUGACCAAUGUGUUGCACCUGGAGGAAAAAAUGAAGUGA